AUGGAAGAAGAGGAGGAUGGUGGGGUGGAAGAGGCUAUGGUGGACGUGGAUGGGGCGGAAGAUAUGGCGGAGGUUGGGGACGGCAUGGACAUGGAGGUUGGUUCGGAAGAGGAGGAUGGGGAGGUGAGUUUUUAGUU